AUGGUUCAAAUGGCUGCAUCUCAUGCAUGUUAUCCAAUUGAAGAAGAUUAUGAGAUUUUACGUCACGCCGGCUAUUUUCCAACAUUCACUCAUAUAUCUGGCAAUGAAGAUUGCAAUCCUGAAAGUUGGAUUUGUAAUGAAAUAAGUAAAGACUAUGCAUAUGAUUAUCAUGAGAUAUUUUUGCGUAUGUUAAAUAGUGUUGAUAUGCCACAAUCUCAUUGGUUAUUAAAAUCACCAUUACAUAUUUUUUGUCUGGAUAAAUUUCUUCAAAUUUAUCAAAAUGCGUUAUUAAUUAUGACUCAUCGAAAUCUCGAUGAAGUUCUUCCUUCGUUGUGUAGUUUAUCUCUAUCAGGUACGGAAUUGUAUUUCGACAACACAAACUCGAUCUCUCGAGAUAGAAUAAUAAAACGAUCUCGUCAAUUUUUCGAUACACAAAUCGAAUGUAUAAUGAAAUUUUGA